AUGCGUUACUUGGCUGCUUAUUUACUUUGUCAGUUGGGUGGUAAGGAGAAACCAACUGAGAAUGACAUAAAGACCGUCCUAAAUUCGGUUGGCAUCGAACAUGAUACUGAGAGGCUCGAGAAACUUCUAUCUUCACUUGCUAACAAAGAUAUACCACAACUAAUUGAAGAAGGUUCUAGGAAGUUAUCGUCGGUACCGUCAGCUGGCGCCGUUGUCUCAGCUACUCCUGCUGCAGCAGAGCCAGCCAAACCUGAAGCCGCGAAAGCAGAUUCCAAACCUGGAAAGGUGGAGGUCAAAGAAGAGUCCGAAUCAGACGAAGAUUUAGGCUUUGGACUAUUCGAUUAA